AUGACGUCCUUAGCCCCCCGCCUCUUCACGCGCAGUAUCCGCCAAACACGCGUCCGCCCCGCCACCGUCCUCUCCACCACCGCGCGGUAUGCAUCGACAAAGCACCCCAAAGCCUUCACACCACCCACGCAAUCCGACCUCGACGAGCUCCGCGAUUCAGUCCGUGACUUUGCCCAGCGAGAGAUCCCCGAAGAAGUCGCCGCGCGUACCGACAAGCAGAAUGAAUUCCCCAACGAAAUGUGGCAGAAGUUUGGCGAGGCCGGCUUCCUGGGCAUAACAGCCGACGAGGAGUUUGGCGGACUGGCCAUGGGAUACCAAGCACACUGCGUUGUCAUGGAGGAGUUGUCACGGGCGAGCGGCAGCAUAGGACUGAGUUAUGCGGCGCACAGCCAGUUGUGUGUCAACCAGUUGAUGCUGAACGGGAAUGCGGAGCAGAAGAAGAAAUACUUGCCAGCCUUGAUCAGUGGAGAGAACAUCGGAGGAUUGGCUAUGAGUGAGCACAGCGCGGGCAGUGAUGUAGUCAGCAUGAAGACGACGGCCAAGGAGGUGGAUGGUGGCUAUCUGCUCAAUGGAACCAAGAUGUGGAUCACGAAUGGCCCAGACGCGCACGUAAUAGUCGUAUACGCCAAGACUGAACCCAAUGCCGCUUCCAAAGGCAUCACAGCCUUCAUCGUCGAGACCUCCACAAAGGGUUUCAGCGUCGCCAACAAACUAGACAAACUCGGCAUGCGCGGCUCCAACACAGGCGAACUGGUCUUUGAAGACGUCUUCGUCCCCAAGGAGAAUGUCCUCGGCGAGAUAAACCGCGGCGUCCGCGUCCUGAUGGAGGGCUUGGAUCUCGAGCGCCUUGUCCUCUCCGCAGGACCACUCGGCCUCAUGCAAGCCUCGCUCGACAACGUCUUGCCCUACACACACCAAAGGAAGCAGUUUGGCACCCCAAUUGCACACAACCAGCUUGUACAGGGCAAGUUGGCGGAUAUGUACACAAAGUACCGCGCCAGUCAAGCCUUCACAUACAGCGUGGCACGCGCCGUCGAUGAGUCGCAUGCCAGCCCUGAUAUCAAGACACAGGACUGUGCGGGAGCGAUUCUAUAUGCCGCAGAAAGGGCAAGCGAGGUUGCGGCUGAUGCGGUCCAACUGAUGGGCGGCAUGGGAUACAUGAAUGAAGUUCCUGUAGGAAGGAUACUUAGGGACGCCAAGUUGUACGAGAUUGGUGCUGGAACAAGUGAAGUGAGGAGAAUGGUCAUCGGACGAGCGUUCAACAAGGAGUGGAAGCAAGAGAUAUGA